UAGGCUCUCCCGUCCUUCGUGUUUACGCGGCAUAAUGGAUCACUUGGAGAACAAGCUACAGCCGCAAUAAAAAGGUUCUCUUUGCCCUCUCGAAUCCGCAAUUUAUUCGACAAAGAGUACGCAGUCGGCUAGAUUGAGAGCCAAACAAAAUGAUCGAGGUGGUGUUGAACGAUCGGCUGGGGAAGAAGGUGCGGGUGAAGUGCAACGAAGACGACACCAUCGGCGAUCUCAAGAAGCUGGUGGCCGCUCAGACUGGAACUCGGGCGGACAAGAUCCGCAUCCAGAAAUGGUACAACAUAUACAAGGAUCACAUCACCCUGAAGGACUACGAGAUACACGACGGGAUGGGCCUCGAGCUCUACUACAAUUAGCUCCAUGUCUGUCGGUGAAGACUGGUGCUUGCUGUUCAUGAAGGCCGUUUCGUUAGUAGAAUGUCUACUGCAGGUGAUUCCCAAAACAUUAUAAUGGUAUUAUUCCGACAAUAAUUGUGUGCCUGUCACUGAUUAUAUGUGGCCAUGAAUAUGGCAAAAUGACAACCUGGUAGUGCUUUUUCAUCGUGUUUGAAUCUAUGUGGCCCAGAACUAUAUGUUGCUUGCCUUUUCUUCUUUUCCUUUUAUGUGCUGGCCUUUCAAAUCACCCAACACUACCACUAAAACUGUUUUUGUGUGCUUAAAUGCAUAUUGAAAAUUAGUUUUU